UGCAAGUCAGACCUAGUCGCGUUGGCGUUCCAAGCAAGAAAUGUCAGUUGUCACCUCUUUUUGCAUCAAAUCGCAACCGGUCAAAGGUUAUGAAUGUCCUUGACAGACAGGUCUCGAGCGCGGGAACGGGAAGUAACAUAGUCAUAGCACACUGUAAGCUACAAUAAAACAAAAUGUCUAUGAUUGAGAGGAUGACAAUCCUUGGGAUUCGUUCCUUUGGUGUUCGGGAAGAAGAUAGACAAGUUAUUGAAUUUCAACAUCCUCUAACACUGAUUGUCGGGCAGAAUGGAGCUGGUAAAACCACUGUGAUUGAAUGUCUAAAAUAUGCAACAACUGGAGACCAACCUGCAAACACAAAGGGAGGAGCAUUCGUUCAUGACCCUAAAUUAGUUGGUGAAUCUGAAGUUAGAGCUCAGGUGGGAUUAAAAUUCAGUGAUCUUCAAGGUAGAAUAUGUUCAGUCAAAAGAAGUUUGCAAGUCACUCAGAAAGCAGAUAAAGCUAUAUUGAAAACACUUGAUUCUGUUAUUUCGAAGGCAAAAGGUGAUGAACAAGUUUCAACGACUUCAAAGUGCACUGAUAUUAAUAUAGAAAUGGUCAAUUCACUCGGUGUUUCCAAAGCUGUUUUGGAUAAUGUCAUUUUUUGUCAUCAAGAAGAUUCAAAUUGGCCUCUGUCAGAAGGAAAAGUGCUCAAGAAUAAAUUUGAUGAGAUUUUCGCUGCAACAAGAUACAUCAAGGCUCUUGAUGUAAUUAAAAUGACUAAGAAAGCAAAAGAAAAAUCGUAUAGAGAGGAAAAACCCAGACUGCCGUUUCUUGAAGAAUAUCGGGAAACAGCAAAAGAAAAGAGACAGAAAUUGAAGGAAGAAGAAUUCAAGUUGUCUGCUGCUAAAGAAAGUGCAAAUCAGCUUGAAAAUCAGUUAAAACCGAUAUGUGAUCAGUUGAAGGAAAAAAGGGAAGUUCAAAACGAAAUUUUGGAGCUUGAUAUCAAACUUCGGCAAUCGUGCGACCGGCAGAAUCAUUUGAAGAAAGAUCGAGAAAUGUUGGCAGAAAGAAUUCAGAAUCUAUUUCAUGGAACAGAUGCCCAGUUGACUCAAUUAAUACAAGGGCAGGAAGAUCUUCUGCAAAACAAGAGAAAUAAAUUAGAUAAUUGUCAGUAUCAAAUUGAACCAAUCAAAAAAGAAAUUGAUGCGUUCACAAAAAGAAAAAACAAAUUGAUUUUGAGACAAGGCGAAUUGCAACAAGAGUAUAAAAGCUUCCAAACAAAGCAAGAAGAGAGAGUAGAAUUGCUUGUUAAGACUUCUGAUGAACAUGAUGUAUGCAAGGGUCAGGUUCAUAUUGGUCAGGAAGUAUCAGAAGAUGAUGCUGCAAGAUUUGAAUCUGAAAUGAAAAGAGUUGUAAGAAAAAAUGAAGAAACUAUGAAUGCCAAACAGAAAAGACUUGAAGAAGACAUUGACUCCUGUAGCAAAGAAAUUCAGAAUGUAUUUGGUUCGAAAACUGAAAUUGAGGAAGGUGUCAAACACAAAAAACAAUCGAUCAAAGAUAAAAGCAGAAAAAUUGAAGAAAUAAAAAGAGAAAUUUCAAACUUACAAUCGUCAUCUGAUAUGGAUAGAUUAGAAGAAUUACAAAAACAACUAGAAAAUGCGGAGAAAGAAUUGAAAAAUGCUGAGGAAUCAUACAAUGUGAAUGAGUUGAAACAAGAAGUCAAAAAUUUAUCAAAAAUUAAAUCUCAACGCGAACACAAUCUUAAGCAAAUUGAUGAAGAAAUUGAGAAUAUGAGAGAACAUCAGAAAAGCAGGACCAAAAUAGAGGAAUGGAAAAAUCAACAAAAAGAUAGAGAAGAUAAAAUGAGGAAAAUAAAGUACAGAAAUUCAGACAGUUUGAUAUCUAUAAACCUUCUACAAUCUGACAAAAAUAUUGACGAACAACUUUUUCCCUCUCGACAAAAUCUGAGUCGAUGGAUAUCGAAAAAAUCAGAUGAAGAGAAAAUGCUUCGAAAAGAUCUAGACAAAAAAAAACAAGAACUCACAAAGCUGAGCACUAGGCUUGACAUGUUGACUAGAGAUUUACGGGACAAGAACAGCAGAACAAAAGAAAUUGAAGAAAUUAUGUUUGAAUUAUGUGGAUCUGAAGAUUUUGAGGAAGAUUUAAAACAAGUCGAUGCUGAUAUUAAAGAACUACAAGGAAGUAAAGGUCUAACAGAUGGGAUUCAGUUCAUGUACAAAGAAUUUUUGAAAAAGUUGCGAGCAUCUGAUGAUCAUCAGAAUACACCAUGCCCAUUGUGUCACCGGCUAUUUGAUCAAGCGCAGGAAGUUGAAGAAUUGGCAGAAGAACUUCAUAGGAAACUAGAGCUUGCUCCUCGUAAAAUGUUGACACAAGAACAAGAUCUGGAGAAGAAACGUAAACGUUAUCAAAUGCUGCUGCAACAGAGGCCUGCUAAAGAAGAAAUGGACAAGUUGAAUUCAGAAGUGAUUCCUGAUAUCAAAAAACAAAUCACUGAUUUGAAAAACAAAAUCACAGAAGUGAGACAAAUCAUAGAUGCUAAGGAAGCUGCAGUUCGUAAAGUACAAGAGGAAUGUGCAACUGCACAAUCUUGCUCCAAUGAUGUUGCACAAGUGGAGAGUAUUGUGACAGAAAUAAAAGAUCUCACAAGAAAGAUAGGAUUUGAAGAAGCACAAUUACCUACUUCCGGAUCUUCAGGACAAAGUUACGAUACAUUGAGUGCAGAGAAGCAGAAAUUAUCAGCAGAAAUACAAAAAUAUAGCAAAACUAUUGAUGACAAACGUGACCAAAUAGAGAAACAAACGGAUACAUUGAGGUUGUUUGGAGAAAACGUUAAUUUACUACAGGGAGAGAAAUUGAAAAUUGCUGCUGAUGUAGAAAAAUGUAAACAGUUGAAAGAAUCUCAGAAAACAAUGUUGAAUGAAAUCAAACAACUGCAACAGCAGUGUAGAGAAUCUCAUGAUAAAAUAUCUCCAUUAGAAAGGCAAUUAUCAGAACUUGAAAACAAGAAGCGAUUAGCCACAAAAACGAGAGAUGAUGAAAUGAAAGUAGCAAAUAAUCAUCUGCAAUCUAUGAAGUCUACUUAUCAAGAUAUCGUCAAAUCUAAUGCAGAAAUUAAAAAAUAUUUGAAUUCUGGGAGACUAAAUUCUCUUAAGCAAACUCAAAAUGCAACAACAAGGAUUGAAUCAGAAUUGGACAGCAAGGAAAAAGAACUAAAUAAAUUAAGAGAUGAAAUUACACACAUAGAAAAAGAACUCGCUACUUGCAAAGAUAGACAACGAGAUCUUGACGAUAACAGAAAUCUACGUAAACAAGAUGAAGUCAUAAAUGAAACCACAAGUACGAUUGAAAAUAUGAAAGAAAGAAUAAAAGGACUUGAUUCUAGGAAAUUAGAGGGGGAAAUUACAGAAUUGAGCAAUAAAUGGCAUUCUUUAACAAAAGAGAAAGAAAGAUGUGCAACCAGACAAGAAGGAAUCAAGGAAAAUGUUAACUCCGUUAAAAAAGAACUUGAAAAAGAAGAUUUGAAACAUGCUGAUGAGAGACACAAAGAUUGUUUGAUUAAAGUGACAACGUUGAAACUGGCGAUUGAAGAUUUGGAGAAAUAUCAUAAUGCAUUGGAUCGUGCUAUCAUGAGAUAUCACAGUAUGAAAAUGUCUGAAAUAAAUAAAAUUAUCAGAGAAAUAUGGACGGAAACUUAUCGGGGACAUGAUAUCGACUACAUAGAAAUAUGCAGCGAUGAAGACAGUACGACAUCGUCAUCUGCAAGGAGAGUUUAUAAUUACAGAUUGAUUAAAUGUUCUCAAGGUCAAAAAAUUGAUAUGAGAGGAAGAUGCAGUGCUGGCCAGAAGGUUUUAGCUUCACUUGUUAUUCGUUUGGCUCUUGCUGAAACAUUUUGUAUCAAUUGUGGAAUCUUAGCCUUGGAUGAACCAACUACAAACUUAGAUAGAUAUCAUAUUGAAAGCUUGGCUGGAGCACUUGUAAGCAUCAUUGAGUCACGUGAGAAGCAAAGAAAUUUCCAGUUGAUUGUCAUCACCCACGAUGAAGAUUUUGUUGAAUUACUCGGAAGAUCAAAUCAUGUUGAUCACUACUUCAGGGUGGAAAAGAAAGAUGGAAAAUCAAGAAUAUCCAAAUUUUCAAUAGAAACUUUGGAAUAACUUUUAAACUAUUUACAAUAUGGUAGAUGGGAAGUAAAAAUAACAAGCCACAGCUCUUCAAGUAGAUAUUAUUAUUGAUUAUUUAAAGAGAUUAUUUUUGGACGUGAAGUGGACUUAUGGGUCAUUAUGCAGAACAUUGUUGUUCUUGUUGAGAUGCUUGGAAAUGUUAUUGUGAAAAAGUCGCUAAAUAUCAGCAAUAAAGUCACUAUAAGUCUGUCAAUUUUAUUUUUCUCUUUUUAAGGUUCCGCUGUUUUUUUUUUGAGCUCGAUAUUCCACCCCACCAGAUUGGUGUCACAUUCCGUCAGGCUAGCCAACCAUAUUUUCUUCGGCAGCCAUUGUACUAUACUAAGCUAUGUGAAUUGCUAUGGUUGUAGGACUUGAUAUUUUUGAGCAAUACAGAUUAUUACGAUUAGUUAUAUGACCUUUGUAUUCAUACAUUUGAGCAUUUCUCUUACAUUUGUAUUAAUGGUAGUUACCUAAACAUUGUGUUUUAUUCUGCUUUAUAAAUAUUGCCUGUAAUUUUUUACUUAAGUUCAUCACUGCCUAUAUUCAGACGUCAACAGUCAAGUUUUUCCAGUUAAGCAAAUUAUAUCUGCUGCUUUACAGUGCACAUAACUUACCAUAUGUCUAUUAUGCCUGCCCAUGCUUAAAUCAUAAAUGUUUUUACUAAUUCGCUGCAUACUGUGAGCUACAAACGAUUUUCUACUGAAUUGGCAAGUUUUUGCGAUUGCACAAUAAUUUUCUGUAUAUUUGACAUCAUCUUUUUUCACAGGUGCCUUCCCAAACUUUUGAUUACUGUAUGGUCUAUGCAAACUUAAUUUCUGCAGAGUGCAAGUAUUCCUCAUAGUUUGUCUUUUUGAUAUUAAUUAAAAUGUCCAUAUAAUAUAAGAUAGGAGCGAUAUCAUCACUGAAUCAUAUUUUUACUGGUUAGACAAUUAUAGUUGUGUUGAAAAUGUUACAACAGCAAAGUGUUCAUCAAUUUGAUUAGCCCAUUUUCUGCUAAUUUUAUUUUUACUCUAUUCAAAAGCCAUUUUGUGUUUUAUAAUUGACUUCAACUGCAAUUGUUUUGGCCUCCUUACUGGUAAAUAAAUAUUUAAUUGAGAUGUUGCUAAUCGCAAGUAAUAAUCUGUGUAUUUGAAUUAUGACUUUGUGUUUUUAUUUCAAUUUUGUGUAUUCGCUUUUCUGUAAGUUGACCAAGAUAUUGUUCUUGUUAAA